AUGGUGUCCGAUCGGAUAUACGAACUGUGUCAGCCGAUACUGGAGAGCGAGGAGUACGGCGACGAAGAGAAGACGGACAAGCUGGAAGAGCUGCUGAGUAGCGAGCCGACCUCACUCAAGGGCAAGGCGCUGGAAGAUGCGGUCUUGGGAGCGCUGUGGCAGUGGAGAGCUUCAUCCGACAACAACAAGUCGCCGCCUCCAGCUCGUGGCGCGACCGUCAUCCGUUCGCGCUCCCCUGCGCCAUGGAUGCAACGGGUAGGCACGCCCACCACUUCAGGCACCAGCUCUCCGCGCCCCUCGACCGCGACUCCCUCAUACCCACCUGGACUCGGCCCGCAACGACCCGCGUUUGCACGCGCCAUGUCCUCCACCGCUUCCCCGUUCACGUCACCACGCCCGUCUCCGCGUUUGCCUGUCGCAACCCCAGCGAUACCCCAUAGCCCCCAGUUAAGCGCAUAUCGAUUUAGCGAGUCCUCACCAACCACCGAGAACUACGGCGACUACGGCAGCGACACAGUAGACUGGCUCGUCAAUGAUGAUGCUAGCAGUAAUACCAGUUACGGCGACUCAGGCUUCAACAGCGCAUCCGAGUUUAUGUCGCCUUAUACGACUGAGAUGAGCCCGUACGAUAUGCUGCGUUCCAUCCUCCAAGAACACAAGAGCGACGAAGAACUCGAGCAAGUCCUCGAAGCGAACGGCCACGACCUCAGCCAAACCAUCACCACCCUCAUGGAAGCCCAGGGCGUGACCGCUAACGCCAUGGCAGCCGCAGUCCAAGAGCAACAAGCCCGCACUUUCCUCGUGGGUAAAAGCAUGUCGCCCUCUUCUCGUCCUGUCACACCGGCAGGCCAACAACGAUCUCCCAUCGUCUGCCGUUACUGGCUAGCAAGCGGCCAUUGCGCGCGAGCAGACUGCCGCUUCGCCCACGAAACCCAAAAUCACGUCUGCAAAUUCUGGUUGCAAGGCAACUGCCUCGCCGGACCGAACUGCAUGUUCUCCCACGACCCCGCAGCGCUGAUGCAGCAACUCAGCAUCGCCAACAGCGGCGCCAGCACCCCGCAGCAAUUCCCGCCCAACUUCCAACUUCAAGACUUUGACAGCUUUCCUGCGCUGCAACCUACGACUAGCAAUCCGUACGACGAGAGCGCCAGCGUUGACCCAAGCGUCCUGAACGCAAUGCUGCAGCAGCAACAAGCCCCCGUCCAACCUCCACCCGGCCUCUUCCCAACUUUCAUCCCCACCGGUCCGCGCGCCUACAACAGCCGUCCCAGCUCUCGUCCCGGAAGCCGCCAGAACUCCCGCACUGGCACCCCAAACCAAGGUCCCAACUUCCAAGACGACGAAGCCUUCCCGACCUUAGGAUCGGCGGCCGCCGCCGUCAAGCCAGGGAAGCGCCACCACGGCAAACGAGGCGGGCACGGCCACGCUCACACCCAACAGCAGCAACAACAACAACCCAGCACCCUUGCCGACGUCGUGCGCAUGUCUCCAUCUCCCGCCACCAGCCCCAACAGCCGCGAAGCCAUGCGGAGAGGCCUUCGAAACAAUCGCUCCUUCACCUCCGCCACCUCCGCCACCACAUCCACAACCAAAGAAAACAGUGCCAGCAUUCCCCCACCCGUAGACAUCCCCUGGCUCGACACGGGCUCAGGCGUCAACUCCGCCUAUAUGGAAGCGCGCCGCGAAGCCUUCAAACACGGCGCUUUACGAAACAAAUUCCUGCAAUCGGCCGCGCAGGCCUGGAACCGCAAUGACGCGCGUGGAGCCAAGGCGUUGAGUUUGCGGGGCCAGAAUGAGAACAAUCUUAUGCGGGAGCGGCAUAAGGAGGCUGCCCGUAUCCUCUAUGAUGAGCGAAAUAAGCACAUGGUUGGGGGCAUGGAGAAGAGGGAAUUGUACGUCGAUCUGCAUGGUCUGCAUCCGGAGGAAGCGGUGCAGUAUCUCUCCGAUUGCUUGAAGGAGCAGCAGAGGAGUGGGCGGACCGUGUACGCGAUCUGCGGGACGGGGCAUCAUAGUAAGAAUGGGAAGGAUAAAGUUGGGAAGGCCGUACGACAGUUCCUCAAUGACUGGCGGUAUGCGUUUAAGGAGUUUUCUGUCCCUGGGGACAGGAAUAACGUCGGGGGGAUUUUGGGGAUUGCUCCCAGUAGUUAUGAUAGGGAUGUUGCGAGGAGGAUGGACGGAUCGAGUGAUUCGUGUAUGCCUGCCUUACGCUCCUGA